GAAACGGUAGAACAUGUCUUCCUCGUCAUUUUCACUAUAGAAACCUUCCUGAAGAUUAUCGCCUAUGGUUUAGUGGCGCACCAGAACGCAUAUGUGAGAAACGGAUGGAACAUGCUGGAUUUUGUCAUUGUCGUUGUUGGGUAAGUAUCUCCAAGAUUCCUUACUCUCCAGCCGCUCAUUCAAUGCCAACUGGAAUUCAUCUGAUGAGCAGAACGUGAAGUUUUUACCAUAACACAUUUUUCCUGCUUGUGUUGUGGAGUCCAGGCCUUUUUUGUGUUUCAGUUUGGGGUUCGAAUUUGAACUGCAGUUCCUCAUUUGAACUCAAUGGUUAGCUGUGUACAGUAUCUUUCAGCCUGACUGUGUGCUUGUUUGUGACAGUGGUUGAGUUGGACUUCUUUAAGCCUCCUUCCUCUCCAGUCAGUAUGCAUCCCAAAUAGCACAUUAUUCUCUAUAUAGUUCACUACUUUUGACCAGGGCCCUGGUCAAAAGUAAUGCACUAUUAUAUAGGGAAUAGGGUGCCAUUUGGAACAUAUCCACAGUCAGCAGCCCAGUCCUAAGAGAGACACUCAUCCAGCUACAAUAUACAGUAUGACCUAGAAAAGACAUGGAGGAUAAAUCACAGCUUUACCACCACUGGAGUGAUUCACCAUCUCACCCCAUAUUCCAUCUCAUCUCUCCCUCCUUCUCUCGCCCACCCUCUCUUCCUCUCCUCUCUCCCCCCUCUCUCACUCCAUACUCUCUCCUUCUCUCUCAUUCCCUAUUGUAUAUAUCUCCCUCCUCAUCUCUCGCGUCUCACUAUCUCGCUCUCUCUCUCAAUCUCUCUCCUCUCUCCCUCUCUCUCUCUCUCUCUCAUCUCUCUCUCUCUCUCGCUCUCUCUCUAUCUCUCUCUCUCUCUCUCUCUCUCUCUCUUCUGCUCCUCUCUCUCUCUCUCUCUCCUUCUCUCUCCCCUUUUCUCUUCUCCCCUCUCGCUCUUCGACUCUCUUCCUCUACAUUUUUCUCUCCCUCUCCUCCUCUGCCUCCCUCCCACCCUCCCUCCUCCAAUACGAACACAGUCCAGUAGGUAGCUAGGUCAAAUCUAUGUCUGUAAGAGACAUGCAGGGUUGAUCUGUCAUACAGUCAGAUGCAGAGAGAUGCAUCCUGAUGCAUCCUGCUAGGAUGACUGACUGACUGACUACAGAACACAUGCACAUGCUGCCAAAUCAUAAUAGAAAUGCCACUCUAAGAUAACUCCUGUCAAUAACCAAAUAUAGACAAGUCAAUAUCCCCACAACUGAACUGGACACGCUGAAGUACUGCACACAGGCCAAAGGACCGCACAAACUAUGUGAUGUCAGAUGAAAUGGUAAGAUUGCUUCAUUGGGAUCUGACAUCAUUAUUAUUAUCAUUUAGAAUCUUAAAUUCUAGAAAAAGGCCAAAAGUACUCUACAAGAAUGUAAAUAUACAGUAUUUAAUAAAAGUGGUACUCUAUUUUGGUAUUCUAUUCUAUUCUGAUGGUAUUCUAUUUUGGUAUUCUAUUAUAUUCUGAUGAUAUUCUAUUUUGGUAUUCUAUUCUAUUCUACUAAAUUCUAUUUUGGUAUUCUAUUCUACUAAAUUCUAUUUUGGUAUUCUAUUCUAUUCUACUAAAUUCUAUUUUGGUAUUCUAUUCUAUUCGGAUGGUAUUCUAUUUUGGUAUUCUAUUCUAUUCUGAUGGUAUUCUAUUCAUGUGAACAGAUGAGUGACCAAUCAAACACCGCAGUACAUUUUUCCACUCUGAUUCAGUCCAACAUCAGUUAGCUACAGCUGCUGCAGCAGUCUGUGAUUGUAGCCCUGAAGUAUGACCCUCUAUGGCCCUCCAGGCCUCUAUUGGCAGCUCCAUUCAGCCCAUUUAGUGCCUACUGCUUCCCAGCUUUGACGUGAUGUGCUGGGAUGAUUUCUCCUAUUGGCUAGGUGAGGACAGGCUAACUGACUGGAUUUAAGCAGACACUUUUUUUUACUAUAGGAUAUUCACUAUUCACUCAGCCCAUACACUACAGUAUUGCACUGUAUUUUCACCUGGUAUUGUUGUGUAUGUGUGUAUGUUUAUUGAUGAGCUGUGUCUUUGUUGUCUAUGUAGUUUGUACAUGGGUUAAAUACAUUUGUGCUGUAUUUUUCAGCUUGUGUUCUUGAAGGUUUUUUCAUUUGUUACUGCAAUCUUAGAAACAGAUUUUAUAUUCAGUGUGAAGCUUAUUCCAGAACUAGAACUGAGAAGUCAUAUGGUGAUUUGCUAUAUCAGUAGAUACCUACAGUAUGUAUAGUGUAUAUAUUUUACUGCUGUCUAUACAUGCAGACUACAGUACAGGUGUAUCAUAAAAAAGUUACUUUUCAAAAUACCUGUGCUGCAGCAAUGGUCAAUUGUUAAUGUGACAAACUGUGCUUAACAGCAAGUUGGUCUGCAAUCAUCUAACAAUAACAAUGUAAUAAAAUGUGAACUGAAGCGUAAAGAGUAUCUGGAAGAGUAUAAAAGAGAAAAAAAAGAUAUAUAUAAAAAAAAGAGUACUUUAAAUAAUCCCACAGCACACCCUCCUAAUAUUAUGUCAACUCUGAAAAAUGAAAUAUUUCUAAACUAUUCCCCAGACGUUGCAGUUACAUCCACUUCUAGCAGCACUUUAAAAAACGUUUUAACUAGCCCAACUGUAUUCAUCUCUAGUGUAUUGGUCUGGGCCUGUAUUUAUAUAAGCGUCUCAGAGUAGGACUGCUGGUCUAGGAUGAGUUUUGCCUUUCAGAUCAUAAUGAAUAAGAUUGCAUAAACAGGGAGACCUGAUCCUAGAUCCUACUCUGAGACUCUUUAUGAAUACGGGCCCUUAAUCCAAUGCUCCAAUCCUGUAACGUGUUCUCAUUCUUUCUGCUGUAAUUCUAUACAGACUGUUUAGUGUUGUCCUGGAGCUUUUGACCUGUAACAUUCUCUUUCUGAUGUGUUUCCUGUAACACGUUUCCUCUGGUGUUUCUCUGCAGACUGUUCAGUGUUGUACUGGAGCUUUUGACCAAAGACUCUGUAGAGACGAAGGAGGAGGCAGAGGCGGGUGCGGCUGCAGCAGCGGCAGCGGCAGCGCUCCACCCCUCCGCGCAAGGCCAUGGGGGAAAGUCAGGCGGCUUCGACGUCAAAGCCCUCCGGGCCUUCCGUGUACUGCGACCCCUACGCCUGGUCUCAGGAGUGCCCAGUGAGUUACUGCUAUCUGACCCUUCACCUUUGACCCCACAACAACACCGACCAGACCUGGGUUCAAAUACUAUUUGAGAUAAUUUCAAAUACUUUAUCUGGGCUCGAUUGGGCUUGCCUGACACAAUGGAAUAGAAUAGUUACAAAGAGUACAAACCCCGUCCAUCUGGCACUCCAGGCAGGCUAAAGUAAAUUUGAAAGGUCUGACACGAACACGGUGUUGUUGUAUUGUUGUGAGUGCUGACUGACCCCUCACCUUUGACCCCCAUGAUGAAACAGGCUGGCUAACCUCUGAAAGUCACUGCAUAACACACACCAAUAAAUAACACUGCGGCAAACUGUGACCUGAUAUAGCUGGCAUUACCUCUACAAGGUUCAAUUCAGUCUUCCUCAAUCUUGUCUCCUCUACCAUUUUGUCUUGAUGUUUUCCCUCCCCUGUGGUCAUGUAGUUCAGUUGCUAAGAAAAUGGCGCUAGGAACGCGAAAGUGAUAGGUUUGAUUCCUAUGGCUUCGAUUCCCACAUCCGCAUAAUGAAUAUGUUUACUCAACACUAUUUUACUGUAUGUUGUUUUGGAGAAAAAUGUCCCGAAGUUACAUAUCUAUUAGAAGUCUACUCCUGUCCUGACAGACCCUCCACAGCCCAAACCAGCCCAGCCGUUCCUCUGCAUGACAGCAAGUGUUUCUCUCUCAGCUCAGAGUGUGUGUCUGUGGGGUGAAGUCACUAACAGUAACAUGUGACCAUAUGGUCUGUGUGCAGCCCCUCUGGAAUGUUCUCUUAAAACAGGCUGUCCAAAUCAAUGCCCCAGAGACAUGAGUUCUCCUGCGAGUGUGUGUGUGUGUGUGUGUGUUUGUGCAUGUGUGUGUGUGUCUCCCUCACAUCCACGAAAACAGACUCUUCGACAUUCUGUCCAGAUGCACAUGCAUGCACAUGUUUACAUACUGUACAUCAAGGUUAUUAUAGUUUUGUGAUUUCUAUAUUGGUUUUGAGGUUUUUAUUUGAAAUUCAGUUUAUUUUCUGUUAGUUUUCAGACUUCAUUUACUUUUUAUUCAGUUUCAGUUUGAUAAAAACAUUUAUAUUUCGUUUUUAUAUUAUUUAAUUUCAGUUUUAGGGACAGAAAGUAGCCUAAUGCAUGGGAGGCUAGAAGCUAUAUAGCCUAUAGCAGGGGUACUCAAGUGCUGUUUGAGAAGGUCCGGUCACACAAAUUUCCUAGGUGGCAAAGGUCCGGAUAGAUAUUGUCUUUAUCAGCAUAGUAACAAACCCCAACCUUGCAACCUAUGCAACCUAUGCGACCCCAAACUGUUCAAACUAUUCACACACUUCUUGUUGGCAAAGAGAACAAUUCUACACAUGCCGUCGAGCGAAGAUAAAAUGUAGCAGUUUCAAAGCUAAUUUCUUGCAAUAAAAAAAAUUAAUCCACAUCUUAUUUGUGUUCAUAAUAUGAAAAGACAUAAGACGUGGAUUUUUUUUUAUCGUAGGAAAUUAGCUUUAAAACUGCUACAUUUUAUCUUCACUCCCCCCUGUCUCACCUUGUCUUUAUCCUGAAAUUCUUUGUGGGUGCUGUUCAGAUUAACUUUGAAGUUGGUUGGGUUUUUCCAUUUUAUCUCUGUUCCACACAUGCUGUCAUCUUCUGACACUACAAUAGUUUUUGUCCUUUCCAGCAAUGUACACAAAACAAUCCCAUACAAGGCUUUGCCUUUUGCGACCGACCAUUGCUGGUGUUGGGCAUGCUGCCGCCAUUGUUCACACCUAUGGUUCAGGCUCACACUCUGCGCUCGCCCUCUGAUUUCUUCCCUGUUAGCGAGUGAUAGCGAUGCACAAGCUAGGCCUAUUUGAAACAUCGCCAUUACAUUUUACAUUUUACAUUUUAGUCAUUUAGCAGAUGCUCUUUUCCAGAGCGACUUACAGUUAGUGAGUGCAUACAUUUUCAUACUGGCCCCCUUUGGGAAACGAACCCACAACCCUGGCGUUGCAAGCGCCAUGCUCUACCAACUGAGCUACAGGGAUGCCAUCUACUGGCAGCAUUUACCUGCCAGAUUCAGAAGCUUGAAAGCCCAUUAGAAAAAAAAAUACAUUCAAUUCAAGUAAAACCAUUUUUUUAAAGUUUGUUUUGCAGUCAAAGAUAAUAGUUUCAGUAGUUUUAGUUUUUCAAAUGUUUUUCUUAAUAAUUUUAUUUCAGUUUAUUUCCAAUUUUAGUUUUGAUUUUAGUUUCAGUUUUACUAUAAUAACCGUUUACUAUAAUAACCUUGCUGUACACACAGGCACACAAGUGCAUUCACACACAGACUUACAGUCUUACAAAAACAACCACAUACCCACACACAUACUUCAUACAAACCCUCAUAACAGGAGUGGAUUGGUGAUCCAAUGAGCUUGUCCUCCCCAUUUCUCCUCCCCACCAGCCUCCACUGACCAAUACCAAUUCAACCACAUACAACAUUACUGUAAUAUACAUCAUACAUACACACUCACACACUCUCUCUCAGACACACACACACACACACACACACCUAGCUAUGUCUUCCCUAUCUAACCUGUAUGUUUGACUCUCUGUAGGUUUACAGGUUGUGUUGAACUCCAUUAUUAAAGCCAUGGUCCCUCUCCUCCACAUCGCCCUGCUGGUCCUGUUUGUCAUCAUCAUCUACGCCAUCAUCGGCCUGGAGCUCUUCAUUGGCAAAAUGCACGCUACCUGCUUCUUCCCCAGCACAGGUAAGAGCGUGCGCGUGUGUGUGUGUGUGUGUGUGCAUCUUACCAUCUGUGUGUGUACAUGACUAUUGCAUUUGUAUUUCAGUCUCCCUCUCGGUCUCUCUCUCUCUCCCCCCGCCCCCCCUCUCUGUAGGCAUGAUAGCAGAGGAUGAUCCGGCUCCGUGUGCGAUCUCAGGGCAUGGGCGCCAAUGUCCCAUCAACGGCACCGAGUGCAGGGAGGGCUGGCACGGCCCCAACAACGGCAUCACCAACUUUGACAACUUCCUGUUCGCCAUGCUGACCGUGUUCCAGUGUAUCACCAUGGAGGGCUGGACAGACGUGCUCUACUGGGUGAGGCCCUCUGUCAUAGAGAUCAUAUCAUUCACUUCUAUUUCAGUCUGUGCCCUCUGCGCUCCCUGUGUGGUCUCUGUGUUAACUUUGACCUGCUCAUUCCCUCUGAGAGUAUCAGUAGAUUAGUCAUUAGGCCUGGAAGUGACUGACAUUUCAAUGUUAAAGGUUAAAGGUUCAGUCUAUAUAUCUGAGUCCCAGAACCUUCCCUCACCUUUUUUAUCACUCUGAACUGUAAAACUAAACUAUAUACAUGCCUUGAGGUUUUUCCCUUGAGGUUUUUCCCUUCAUCUUGCAUUCUUAGCAAACAGUUUUUCUCACCUUUCUCUACCUCUGACUAUCCAUUCUAUUCUCUCUCUCUUCCUCCUCUCUUUCUUCUUCUUCUACUUUCCCCAUCUCUCUCUGGUGACGGGUGCCCCUCCAGAUGAAUGAUGCUAUGGGUCUAGAGCUUCCAUGGGUCUACUUUGUUUCUCUGGUCAUCUUCGGCUCCUUCUUUGUUCUAAACCUGGUUCUGGGAGUGUUGAGCGGGUAAGACACCUCUGUCUGUUUCUCUACGUCUGUCUGUCUGUCUACUUGUGUGCCUGCCUGCCUGCCUGCCUGCCUGCCUGCCUGCCUGCCUGCCUGUCUGUCUGUCUGUCUGUCUGUCUGUCUGUCUGUCUGUCUGUCUCUCUCUCUAUGUCUGUCUGCCUGCCUGUCUGUCUCUCUCUCUACGUCUGUCUGUCUUACCUGUCUGUCUGUCUACCUGGCUCUCUCUCUAUGUCUGUCUGCCUGCCUGUCUGUCUCUCUCUCUCGCUACGUCUGUCUGUCUUACCUGUCUGUAUGUCUGUCUGUCUACCUGUCUAUCUGUCUGUCUGUCUGUAUCUAUAGGUCUGUCUGUCGGUCUGUCUGUUAACCUGCUGCUCUGGGCUCCAACAGGUGAAUGAUGCCAUCGGCUUUGGAACACCCGCCAUCUACUUUGUUAGUCUGAUCAUUCUGGGCUCCUUUUUCGUGCUUAACCUUGUGCUGGGUGUGCUCAGUGGGUAAGAGGUGGAGGGGGCUGUGUGCUGGGUGUCGAGUGCUCUGCAGUGGGGUGUGGGCUGUGUGUGUGUGUGUGUGUGUGUGUGUGUGUGUGUGUGUGUGUGUGUGUGUGCUGUGCGGGGUGAAACAAGGAACGACAAUGGUGUGGCUUGCAGUGUGUGGUGUUGGGGAAUGGUGAGAAAGUCUCAGGGAGACAGAGAACAGAUAUGGAAAUACUCAGUCACUGGUAAUACAGUAUUCCAUUUGAUAUUGAAUUCUGACUGAUGCUGUUUCACUGCCCUGGCCACCACGAGUAUAACCUUUGUUGACCUCUCACUCAUUUUGUGUUGUGUUUCCGUGUCACAGCAACCUUUAGCAAAGGGAGCCGUUUUCCCCCACCCCUGUCACCACCACCACCCAACUUCCUGAGAGAUAAAUUCAUCUCAUUCCUCACCUUCACUCCCUCCUCAGCCUCACUUCCUAAGCUCUCUCUCUCCAAAUGCAUCAAGCCCAGUCUACUGCUGCUUCCAUUCCCUUGCAUUGGGGAGGAAGUGUUAGUGGGGGUGGGAUGUUAGUUCAUAAUUAAGCAUUAAUGUGUGGUAUAUAGCCAAUAUACCACGGCUAAGGGCUGUUCUUACGCACGACGCAACACAGAGUGCCUGGACACAGCCCUUAGCCGUGUAAUAUUGGCCAUAUACCACAAACCCCCGAGGUGCCUUACUGCUAUUAUAAACUGGUUACCAACGUAAUUAGAAGAGUAAAAAUAAUUUUUUGGUCAUACCCAUGGUAUACGGUGGGUCUCAUUUAAGAGAAAAUUGUAUUACGGUUCCAGUUAACUUUAACAUUCAGUAAUUGUAGAUGAUUACAGUAAUUAAUAUGUCAUACUGUAAUAUGCUAUGAGUGGGACUGAUUAUUCAAGUAGCAACUUACAUAGCAACAAGACCCACUGGGCAAAACAAAACAGCUAAAGGAUCGUUUGUUUUUACAAACUGACAUAUUAAUUUAAAAUAUGGCUACAUGUUAUAUUUUCACAUUCAUAGCGUAUUAUAGGCACUCCAGCGUACACCUUUUGGUGUCUCUGUUAACUGUUCAUUUGAAUGACUGAACGUUUCCCUGAAGCUAUUGCACCCACAAUAAUGGCCAGUAGUCAUCAGCUUGCAUGUGGUUUUGUGUGUGUUUCUGAUUCCUGUGUGAAAAUAGUAUUACAUUCUGAGUACAUGCCAGUAACCACUCCCCCCAUUGGUCGGUCUCUGCAUCGUCUUCAUCUCCUGUUGUUAUUGAAAGGUGUCCAUCCCCCUCCAGUGGCUAGGCUAGGAUUAGGAAAAGUACACAGGCUACCAGAAGUCAUAGGGAUACACAGGCUACCAGAGGUCAUAAGGCUACACAGGCUACCAGAGGUCAUAGGGCUACACAGGCUACCAGAGGUCAUAGGGCUACACAGGCUACCAGAGGUCAUAGGGCUACACAGGCUACCAGAGGUCAUAGGGCUACACAGGCUACCAGAGGUCAUAGGGCUACACAGGCUACCAGAGGUCAUAAGGCUUCACAGGCUACCAGAGGUCAUAGGGCUACACAGGCUACCAGAGGUCAUAGGGCUACACAGGCUACCAGAGGUCAUAGGGCUACACAGGCUACCAGAAGUCAUAGGGAUACACAGGCUACCAGGGGUCAUAAGGCUACACAGGCUACCAGAGGUCAUAGGGAUACACAGGCUACCAGAGGUCAUAAGGCUACACAGGCUACCAGAGGUCAUAGGGCUACACAGGCUACAAGAGGUCAUAGGGAUACACAGGCUACCAGAGGUCAUAGGGCUACACAGGCUACCAGAGGUCAUAGGGCUACACAGGCUACCAGAGGUCAUAGGGCUACACAGGCUACCAUAAGUCAUAGGGAUACACAGGCUACCAGAGGUCAUAAGGCUACACAGGCUACCAGAGGUCAUAGGCAUACACAGGCUACCAGAGGUCAUAGGGCUACACAGGCUACCAGAGGUCAUAGGGCUACACAGGCUACCAGAGGUCAUAGGGCUACACAGGCUACCAGAGGUCAUAGGGAUACACAGGCUACCAGCAGUCAUAGGGCUACACAGGCUACCAGAGGUCAUAAAGGAUACACAGGCUACCAGAGGUCAUAGGGCUACACAGGCAACCAGAGGUCAUAGGGAUACACAGGCUACCAGAGGUCAUAGGGAUACACAGGCUACACAGGCUACCAGAGGUCAUAGGGCUACACAGGCUACCAGAGGUCAUAGGGAUACACAGGCUACCAGAGGUCAUAGGGAUACACAGGCUAUCAGAGGUCAUAAGGCUACACAGGCUACCAGAGGUCAUAGGAUACACAGGCUACCAGAGGUCAUAAGGGUACACAGGCUACCAGAUGUCAUAGGGCUACACAGGCCUCCAGUGGCUAGGCUACGGUUAGGAAGUCUACACAGGCUAUCAGAGGUCAAAAGUAGUGCACUAUAUAGGGAAUAGGGUGCCAUUUGGGCCAGCGAUAUACAGUAUAAUAGAAGGAGCAGUGCUCCAGUGUAUUGAUGUGUUAUACUGUUAGGAACUGGAUACGCAGCCAUGCUUUGGUAUCAUAUUGUCAUCACGUUGACUGUCUGAAGGACACAGUUGGAUUGAGCCCUCAUUGCCCAUUCAGUAUGAACUAACUGAAUUACAUUUUGAAUACAAAUUGUGUGGUGAGGUGUUACUGAGUCUGAGCAUGUGUUUGUGUGUGAUUUUGCGUGUGGCGCAUUUGUGUGUUUGUAUGUUGCGUAUGCAUUUACUAACGUGUGUGUAUUCUGCCUGCCUGCCUGUGUGCUUGCGUGUGUGUGGUUGCGUGUGUGUGUGUGUGUGUGCUUCUGUGUGUGUGUGUACCCACAGAGAGUUCUCCAAGGAGAGAGAGAAGGCCAAGGCCAGAGGAGACUUCCAGAAGCUGAGAGAGAAGCAGCAGCUAGAGGAGGACCUGAAGGGCUACCUGGACUGGAUCACUCAGGCCGAGGACAUCGACCCUGACAACGAGGACGAGGAGGGCAACGAGGAGGGCAAACGCAACCGUAAGCACCCUGCAACACACACACUACCCUGCAACACACACUACCCUGCAACACAAACACUACCCUGCAACACACACACUACCCUGCAACACACACACUACCCUGCAACACACACACUACCCUGCAACACACACACUACCCUGCAACACUCACACUACCCUGCAACACUCACACUACCCUGCAACACUCACACUACCCUACAACACACACACUACCCUGCAACACACACACUACCCUGCAACACACACACUACCCUGCAACACACACACUACCCUGCAACACUCACACUACCCUGCAACACUCACACUACCCUGCAACACUCACACUACCCUGCAACACUCACACUACCCUGCAACACUCACACUACCCUGCAACACUCACACUACCCUGCAACACUCACACUACCCUGCAACACACACACUACCCUGCACACACACACUACCCUGCAACACACCCUCACACACCCUGCAACACACACCACCCUGCAACACACACACUACCCUGCAACACUGCACACUACCCUGCAACACUCACACUACCCUGCAACACAUACCUGCAACACUCACUACCCUGCAACACACACACUACCCUGCAACACUCAACACUACCCUGCAACACACACACUACCCUGCAACACUCACACUACCCUGCAACACUGA